AUGGACGGGUUGCUCAUCGACUCCGAAGACAUGAUCACUCUGUCAAUCAACGAAUUGCUAACGAAGUAUGAGAGGCCUUCAUUUACCCGGUCUAUUCGAGCCCAGCUCAGGGGAGUUCCAGACUCGCCCAACAGCGAUGUGUUCCACGACUGGGCCAAGUUGCCCAUCUCGCGAGAGCAAUACGCCCAUGAGUCGGCUGAGCAAAUGGAGCUGCAAUUUCGCAACUGUAUGCCGCUGCCCGGGGCGGAAAGGCUUGUUGCGAACCUCAGUCGUACGCGGAAUGCUUCUGGAGAUGGGAUCAAACUGGCCUUGGCGUCCAGCACAAAGAGCCUUACCUACCAGUUGAAAACCUCGAGGCCGGAAACUAAACGACUACUUGAUCUCUUUCAGGCUGACAGGCGAAUCCUCGGUGAUGAUCCGCGGGUGCGCAAGGACCGCGGAAAGCCAGCGCCAGACAUAUACUUGGUUGCAUUGCAGUCGCUCAACUUGGCCGUAGAUUCUGGUGAAAAGACCAUCACACCCAGCGAAUGCUUGGUUUUCGAAGAUAGUAUCGCCGGGGUGGAGGCUGGGAGGCGGGCUGGGAUGAGGGUGGUUUGGGUACCGCAUCCAUCGGUGGCGGCUGAGUAUCAAGACCGGAAGAAGGACGUGCUGGCUGGGAGGACUGGCAUGUUCGAGGUGGGUGAUGACUGGCAGUUGGGCGAAACUGACGACGGCUGGGCUGAAAGCAUACCUAGCCUAGAGCAAUUCGAGUACGUCAAGUACGGCAUAAAGGUGCCAUUAUAA